AUGGUUUUUGAAAAUAAAAAAGUCACAGUUGAUGAUGAAUUAGACGUAGAGGACGAUCUACUUGACGAGGUUCUUGAUGAUUUUUCCUCACAACCUCCCACAAAAUCUUCAUUGACUUCUUCAUCUUUAACGGACUCAUCAUUAUCUACCUUUUCCACAAUAAAUAAUAGUGGUUUGUUAAAUGAUGAUGAUGAUAUCAAUUUGGCAGAACUUACUUCAGACAUGGAUGAAGAAUAUGCAAAAAUUUUAGCAGCAGACAUGGAAAAGUUGGUAGAUGAGGUGACAAAUAAAGAGCUAAAUGAAGAGCUCAGAAGUACAUUACAAGGUUUUAUGAAUUCUGUUGGUGGAAUUAACAACUUGAGUGAUUUUGGUGGUAAAGGUAGUAAUAAUGGUGAUGUUAGUGGUAACAAAAUAGGAAAGUCGCCAAAUGAAUCCAAAGGUGAUUCAUUUCAAGAUAAAAUCAAUCAAACUAUGAAUAAAUUACAAAAUAGUUCUGAACAAGCCAGCAUUACAGAAGAAUCAACAGAUAUACUUAUGGAAGAAAUGUUAAAACAUUUAGAGAAUAUGGGCCUUACAGAAGAUAAUAUUGAUGGAAUGUGUGGAGGAGUGGGAGGAAUGGAUAAAAUAAUGGAAUCAAUGAUGGGAACUUUGGCAUCUAAAGAAUAUUUAUAUGAACCAAUGAAAGAAUUCCAUGAAAAGUAUUCAAAAUGGCUUAAUGAAAAAAAUGGAAAAGUACCUCAUAUUGAUUAUGAAAAUUUCAAAAAACAAUCAGAUUGUAUCAAAAAAAUUAUUGAAGAGUAUGAAUCACCAGAUUUCGACAAUGAUAAUGAACAACAAAACAAGGUUAUAUUAAACUUGAUGCAAGAAUUACAAGAACUUGGGCAACCACCACCAGAAAUUCUUCAAGACUUUGCACCAGAUUUAUCAUUCGAUGAAAAUGGAUUACCUAAUCUAUCUAAUGCAGAUUUACCUUCCAAUUGUAAACCAAUGUAA